ACAGCACUGAUCGAGACUACGGCGACUUCAGACGCCACAAAGCUCACCCGGUGAUUACAAACAACGUUCACAAUUACGAGAUGCUGCCGAGGAGGAGAGGGGUCGGCAUUGACCAUACACGUACCAUGGCCAUAUAGCCAGGAGCAGGACUCUGGCUGCUCCUCUGUGGAAGUUGCAGUGUUGUCUGUGUGGAAGAGGCAUUACUGUGCAGUGUGUGAGAUUGGGUGCUUGUAGCGCUGUUCUGCAGUGCGAUGUCUUCGGAACUGCUGGUGGAUUUGGGUGAAGACCCCGCGACACAGUUAGGACAGCUGAAGCUGACCACGAUAGAGGACCAGCAAUGGCCCGCUGAUGAGUCUACUCUCAGCAAGUCAGACAUGGAUAUCUCCCAGCGCUUUGACGCUGGCUCCCCCCACCUGCCCUGGGACCAUCCCUUCUAUGACAUCGCCAGACAUCAGAUCAUUGAAGUGGCAGGUGAUGAUAACUUUGGCAGGAAGGUGAUAGUGUUUAAUGCAUGCAGGAUGCCUCCACAGCACCAACUGGACCAUCACAAGCUGCUGAUGUAUCUUAAAGGAACACUGGAUCAGUAUGUUGAAAGUGACUACACUCUGAUCUAUUUCCAUCAUGGGCUGACCAGCGAAAACAAACCCUCUCUCAGCUGGCUGCGAGACGCAUACAGGGAGUUUGACAGAAAGUACAAGAAGAACAUCAAGGCUUUGUACAUCGUCCAUCCCACCAUGUUCAUCAAGACUCUGCUGAUCCUCUUCAAACCGCUCAUCAGUUUUAAGUUUGGCAGGAAGAUCAACUAUGUGAGUUAUCUGAGUGAGCUGGAGGAUGUGGUGAAGUGUGAGCAGCUGCUCAUUCCUGCUCGUGUCAAAGAGUACGACAACAAGCUGAGAGCUUCUCUGAAACCCACCGCCCAGCCUCCCAUGUCUCCUCCUCAUAGUCCCCCCCUCCCCAACCAGGUGUUCGGGGUGCCACUCACAUUACUUAGACAGAGGAAUCUAGAUGAGGAUCCUGUCCCCGUGGUGAUGAGAGACACCAUCAGCUUCCUCUCAGACCAAGGUUUGGAGAUUGAAGGGAUCUUCAGACGGUCAGCAAAUGUGACUCUGGUGAAGGAGAUCCAGCUCAAAUACAACUCUGGUGCAACGGUGAAUUUCAGAGAGAUGGAAGAUGUCCACUUGGCUGCUGUGAUUCUGAAGACAUUCCUGAGGGAGCUCCCUGAGCCUCUGCUGACCUACCAGCUCUACAACGACGUAGUCAACUUCACCUCUGUCUCCAGUGACAGCCAGGUGACCGUGAUGAAGACGCUGGUCGAGUCGCUGCCAGAGGAAAACAUUGCAUCACUGCAAUACCUCAUCACAUUCCUGGCACAGGUGUCAGCCAACAGUGAGGUGAAUAAGAUGACCAACAGUAACCUGGCUGUGGUGUUUGGUCCUAACCUGCUCUGGGGGCGGGACAAUGCCAUGUCACUCACAGCUAUUGGGCCAAUCAACAACUUCACCAGAACCCUGCUAGACCAUCAGCAUCUGGUCUUUACCUAAACGCUGUCCCUUUACCCUGCAGUCUCUCUUCCUCUCAGAAACACCAUUUCCAUUAAACCACUAUACUCUCUGAAAAAGAUCCUGCGGACCAAUUGAAUUUCAGUGUCUUUGUUAUGUUAAGCAGUCUGGUCUGCUUUUCCAUUUCCAUGUGACUCCAGGCAUGUAGAUGGAAAUGGUACAUACAUUAGACUGCAGGCAAAAAAAAGACAUAAUAAACAACAUAUAGCAUAACAGUUGUUGGUUUACCAUCCAUUCACACUGGGUCCCUCUGCUCUGACUGGAGAUCAACCUUUAACCUCAAAGUGGCAAAGUCUGCUGCUUUGUUGUUGCUUUUUUGUCCAUUUGAUGGUCAACAGAGCUGCCUCAUAAUCAUAAACAAACAAGAAAAAUAAAAGCAUUUUAUUGUGUCUCUAAAUUCUAUAAAUCCCACCUGCUCACUACAUGUUGCAAGUUAAAUUUGACAGUAUUAACAACUUAGAAUUAUUAUCAUUAAACUACUGUAAAGUUGGGCAACUCACAGCAGACGUGAACAAACUGGUCACUUUUGGAUCCUACAUUUCCCACAAUGCAGCGUGAUAGAAUCUUUAAUAAGACCCUACCUGCCUGGUAAGCUCAGGCUUUCUGCUAUAAAUGUGUCGGACUGAAUAAUGAGGUGAAAAGAGGUUUGUGCACGACAAAGUGUUGCAACGUAAUCGGUUGGUUCCAGUGUGAAUGUCUGGUCAGCACAUCGUACAUUUCCGACUCUUCCACCCCAGCCAACCUCUCGAGAAGAUUCCACCCUCAGUGUUUGUAUUUCUAUUGUAUUUAAGUGUAUUGGGCCGAACUGAACUGUCAUCUUUCAUCUCUAUAGGGAGAUUAAUAGCAGUUGGAUGUUCCCAGUCUUUGUGCUGUGCUGUUGUUAGUCUGUCUCUCUGCUGUCCUUCUAUUUAGUGCCAAACAAACUGGCCUGCAGCUCUCCCGGAGAAGGCAGGGCGAUGCACAAUAACUAGAGAUUAUGAACGUCCCCUCGAGGACUAUGAUCCAGAACGUCGAGAGAGGACAGUGGAAGAGAACGGAGGUGUGAGUUUCAGUCUCCACGAAAGUCUCAGGUGAACUUCCAAACGGUGACCCGUGGUACCAAACGUUGUGGACAAUCUUUGAAAAGCUGUAACUAUAGUAACCAAGUAGAAAACGUCUACGUACCCUGAUAGUUCUGAUUGAUUACGCCUCCAUUAUAUGUUUGACUUUAUCAUUAUGUUAAUAAUAAGAUUUCCACACUUUUUUUCGUGCAGGGCUUUUAUUUCCCUUGAUGACCGAAUGAACCAGGGCUAUAAUGUAACGCAAACUCAGCACUUCCUGCAUGUUCUCCUGCCGUCUCGAUGAAUUCAGUACGAAGAACAGUCUUGUGUAGGAUGUAUCAGGUCAUUGAUGGCAGCUUCUAUGGGUCAAGGGAACCAGCAAAGACGUGACUUAAUUAGUAAAAGAAAGUAGUGUGUUGUGCAGCAGAGGAGGAUUUGACUUGUGGUGUGAGGAGACUUGAGAGUUUCCAAUGGCUCGUCUCGUAGGGCAUUGGUAGUACGAGUACUACAGCACCUUCAGGACCAUUCUGUUAUUUAUUCCAUCCGUAGUCCCCAGUUGUGUUGCUAGACAUGGGUCUAAACUGCCAAACAGGAAGUGAGACUAUUCCCACAGGCUUUAAUAGUAGAGGGACCUCAGAGUACGGAAGUUUCAUUGUUUCAGGGAUUAGUCAUUAGCCUCACUUCUCCCUUGUGGUCGUUCCAUAAGUGUUAUGUUUGAUUUUAUUUCUCAUAACUCCGGCCAACCCUUUACAGAAGGCAACAGAUCUUUAUCUAUUUGGACAGAAUAUCCCUUUUUAGUUGACUUGUACUUUGGUUAAUGCAGGAUCUGACACGAUAUUAAGACAAAACAUUACCGCUACCAAGACGUUAGGAACUCGUGGUUCAUGGUACAGUAGUGACAGCUGGCUGGGAAGCUUGUAGGUUGUAUACCCAACUUAGCUCCAUCCUCAGUCCCACACUUAACAGCAUUUUAGGGUUUAAAUUCAGCUAAAGAGAAGAUCAGCAUGAAAAAAAUCAAACUUCCAGAGGCUGGCAGUUUCCGUCUGUCCUUCCCACUUAUUGAUUGUGUGUAACUCCCAGGCUAAAUGUUGUCUCUGCAGUUAUCGUUGUCUGUGCUCUGUGGUGCCUCCUUAAGCUAUCACGGUCUUCAUUCAGCUCCAAAAGCCUUAAUUCAAAGAUUUAUUUUCUCAUUUAUUUCUGCCGUCUGUCCCCAAAUUCAGCUCAUCUAAAGCUUUGCAUUCUAUGUCAAAUAAAAAGUACUUAUUUUGACCUCUAGUUGUUACCAGGUAUGAUAUGUUAUACUGCAUAUGACAGAUUCAGCUAUUUGACCUUUGUGACCCGUCGUGUCUCCUUCCCGUCGGCGUGCGGUUCAUGUUAAGUCUCCCGGCUAUUUGAAUCAGUCGGCUUUAUUUUGUCAACGGCCAAAAUCCUAAAUAUUAGUGUUGUAAUUUUGCUAAGAUACUUAAUAUAACGUGACUGAAAAGAGAUUUAGUUGACUGAAGCUGAAACACACACGUUGACCUGUUGUAAGUGCGUCAUGUUAGUACAGAUGGUGAAGAAGGUGUGUGUUUUUGUGUUAAUGACUCGGCACAUUUAGAUAGAUAAAAUAUGUCUGACUGUUGGGGUUUAAAUAUAUAGUAUAGUAGUAUAACUAGGCCUCCUAUCAGUCGAGAUAUAUGUGUGUGUUUAUUAUUGUUGUCGGGUGCUAUGGUUACUCCAAUUUUGGUGACUUUUAUGAUUUGACUUGAUGAGACAAUUGACAUCUCACAGGUCCAAGUUUUUCAUUUGACAACAGCAAUAUGUGUGUGUGUGUGUGUGUGUGUGUGUGUGUGUGUGUGUUUGUGCGUGUGCAUGCUUGUGCCUUAUUUGUUCCCCUUAAGUGAUCAUGUGAUUAGCCAUUAAAGUGCCAGUGUGCCCGUUCUGCCAUAGAUUUAACAUGACGCAGGUGAGUUCAACAAAGCGUUGGAGCUCUAAACUCCCAGGCUUGUUGAACGCACCUCGAACUGUACAUGAUCACAGGCUUGAGAAAUGCAACCUGAUGAAUAUUAAAUCCAUAACUACUGAAGAGGAUCAAAUGUUCCGAUGUAUACAACAAAUUAAUUCUGGAAUUACAUAGAGUUCAAUGAGGAUUAAAAAAAAUAUUUUUACUUUGAUUCUAUUGUUUUAAUUUAGGAUUCUCAGAUUGGUCUCAGAAGUCGUUUUUAAAAUUCAGCACUACUUUGUUCCUCCUUUAGCAAUUUCUGAGAAAAGUCAUUGCGUUUAUUUUACUUUUACUUUUUUUUUAUCCUAUAUAUGUUAUAUGUUCAGAAUUUCUACAAUAUCCAGUCAACCAAAUCAUUUAUAAUUCACAAACAUUUUCAAAUGAUUGCCAUCAUCACACAACCAGGAACAGCUGUUAUAACAAUGUUACAACCAAAUUCUCUCUUUAUAAUCUGACAGAUUUAUUCGUUUGCGAAUCAUUUGUUACAGUUAUACCAACAUAUUUUAUACUAACGAUAUACUGUUUCUUCUCAACUCUGCUGAUCAACUGCAGCCCUGUCCGAUCUAUGGAUAUUUGUACUGUAACUGUUGUCAUGGUGACAGUGAACAAUAUGUAUUUGUUGGAGAAAUGAUUUGGAUUCCAGGCUGAUUUAUUGAUGGGUGAUCAUAUUUUCUUAACUUUUUUUCAUACAUUACUUUUGAUAUGUUGUGGAUCUUUGUCUUCUCUAUGUAUUAAAAUGGUAAUAUUCUGUAAUAUCAAUGUGUGCAAACAAUAAAACAAUGGUGAAUACAA